AUGCACGCAGCAUUCCUAGGAGCUUCAAAAGGAUGCGGUUGGAACGCUCUUCAAAUCUUUUUACAAGAUCCUACCAACACUGCCAUUUUACUAUUACGGAAACCUCUAGAAGUGAAAGAGAAGUUGGGAGAGAACGUCAAUAGAGUAGAGAUGAUACAAGGUAAUGGGACUGUAUUGGAAGAUGUUAAGAAGUUGUUUGAGGGCGGAGCACCCGUGAUGACACUACGCGGUCCUGUAGUUGAUCAACCUACCAUCUGUACGGAUGCUACUAUUACACUUUUAAAAGUAUUAGGAGAAUUAGACUACACUCCUAGAGUCGUAGCUGUCAGUAGUAUGGGUAUAGGGGAGAAUCAUUCUGUUAUGCCAUUACUUAUGAGGAUCUUAUACCCAUUAGUACUCAGUAAACCUCAUCAAGAUAAAGAAUCCCUCGAAUACCUCUUAUCACGAUCUGCUAAACAUAUCACCACCCCUACCAAUCUUCCACCUCUUCUAACCGCGGGAAAGGUACAAGAGAUAAAAGCCGAUUUCUUACCUGAAGUAACUAUCGUCAGACCUGCUUUUUUCACAGGUGGUGAUGCUCCUGCUAGACCGGAGACAGAGUUGCAAGUGGACGAAAAAGCUUGUGUGUAUACGGUCAGGAGGAGUGAAGUGGGAAGGUUGAUCGUGGAGUGUAUGAAGGGAGGAUGGGUUAAUAAGAUGCCUGUGAUUGGGUAUAAGCGUUGA